AUGAAGCUGCAGAUGGCGGAGAUGAAGGAGCUGCUGGAGGGCAAGGUCCACGAGCUGCAGGCCAAGCUGGCCGAGGAGAAGAAGAAGUCCGACAGCGAUGUCGCCCAGUGGAAGGCCAUGGCCCAGAAGGAGCUCAAGACCCGCCUUCAGCUCGAGUCGGAGAAGGCGGCGCUGCAGAAGGAGCUGCAGGAGGUCAAGCGACAGAGCCAGAUCCUGUCGGCUGGGCGCGUGGAGCAGAUGCAGUUGGACGAGUCGUCGCCGCCGGCCUCAUCGCCGUCGAGCCAGAGGAGCUCCGGCAAGUGGCGGAGCGACCCGCGGCCCAGCCACUCCUCACGUCACUCGCAGGCCGCCUUCCGGGAGCCGCUGUUGGUGGACGACGGCGAGCCCGAGGGCGACGGUGACGUCAGCAUUUGGACGCCCAGCAAGGCCGGCGCCGGCCAGGUCUCCUCCACCUGCUUCAACUGUACCCUACAAUGA